AUGACGUCAGACUCGGAAUCGUACGGAUGCCGAAGUAAGGACAGAUGCUGGACGUAUGGCUGCGGUCAAAGAGCAGGGAUGAAUAAACGCCCCAGUCGGGGUGCGCUUAAUUCGGUAGCUUCCACAGACAGCUACCGAGCCAUCCUCAACCGUCGCCGUUCAAGGGCAGGUCCUGACGACAAAACAAAUCGUAAGACCGUCCCCCAUAUUGGAGAGUGCAUCUUGUCGGGUUUGGAGACCUUAUGGAAACACAAGCAGAUGACAGACGUCGCAGUAGUGGUCGAAAAUAAAACCUACCUGGCUCAUAAACUGGUCUUGGCGUCUUGUUCCGACUUCUUCUACGACAAGUUCACCCGGGGUCACGACGCGGAAGCUAGCAAGGUGGAGCUGAAUGAUGUCAAGGCCACGGGUUUGCAGGCUAUUCUGGAGUGUCUGUACACAGGGCGACUGCAGUUAUCUGACGUGAACGUCCGUGAUAUACUGGCAGCAGCCUCAGUUCUGGGGUUUCUAGGAAUCCACGAAGCGUGUGAGGAAUACCUAAGCGACCAUCUCAAUGUGGACAACUGUUUGUCACUAUUGGACCUAUCGGUCACCCACGUCCUUGAUCGUUUGACAGAAAUAUCGUCAGCAAUUGCUGCCAGCCAUUUUGAAACAGUUUCCAGGAAAGUAGAAUUUAAGUCUAUGCCAGUAGAACAACUGAUUUGUCUGUUGACCCGUGAUGACCUCGUCACCAGAAGUGAGGUGUUUGUUUUCCAUCGUGUGUUGGAAUGGAUCGAAGUGGAUCGGCAACACCGUCUGGAGUUCGCGUACGACCUGUUGAAGACAGUCCGCCUCCCACUUCUGAGUCCAUCUGAGAUCGUGGACAGAGUCGAGUCUGUUACCUUCUUAAUGGACAUCCCAGAUUGCCAGAAGCUUGUGAAGGAGGCCCUCCAUUACCACUGUAUGCCGGCCCGUCAGACGCUGCUGCAGACUUCGCGAACCGUUCCCAGAGCUCCUGCUCAUAGAGAUUGCCUUGUGGUCGUAGGUGGCGCUCCAAGACUCAAGUCAGAGCCAGUGUGUGAUGAAAUCUCUGUGCUGGAUGACGUUACAGGGUCUUGGGAAUUCGUUGCUAGGCUACCAGAGCCGCGCCAUCAUCACGCAGUGGCGGUACUCAAUGGCUUCCUUUAUGUAGUCGGAGGGGAGAAGAGAAACGACCAUUGUUCCCCACUCAACACAGCUUACAGGUUUGAUCCCCGCCACGGAACCUGGCUCCAGAUAGCCAGCAUGAAGUAUCGCAGGGAGAGCUUCCAGAUCGGGGUGCUGAAUGGCAAGCUAUACUCAGUUGGUGGACGGGUGGACAAGUCGGAAUCUCUGUCAUCUGUUGAGCGGUAUACUCCAAGUAAAGAUGAAUGGGAGAAGUAG